AUGACACCGACAACUUCGCCCAAAUCACCUGGAAGUCCUCCACAUGAGCAAACCUCAUAUGGAGUGAAACGCAAGUUUGACGAUGAAGAGGAAGACUCUCCUCCUCCCACACCUCGGCCUGAUAAGCGUGCAAGAGAGUCACCCAACGCCCAGCUUCCGACCCCGCCAAAUUCCUCCCCAUCGCGACCCUUGGCGCCUGAGCCCGACAAACCCCUGCCGUCACUGCCUACCGAGAUCGUGAACUACAUCAUCGGUCUUGCAGACUCUGGGACUCUUCGAACCAUUGCAGGAGUCUCGAAGACGUUCCGAUCAGAGUCAAGGCGGGCCCGGAAACGGCAACUCUCCGCGUCACGGGGGUUCGGGGCGGACGAACAUAUCGAGUUCCGUGUCUACGAUGCCGAAUGCCCCAUUUCGGCCAAUCCCUCCGAGGUCGUGACUACAGGGAGAAGCCAGUUUGGUGUUAUGUCAUCGGUGGUGCUCGGAGAGGGUCGGAGUAAGGCUCCCUUCAAGGUGGAAGGACAACUUGGUACUUACAAGUUGUCUUGGAACGGGAAGUCCUACUGGGCUACUCGGGCCUUGAACCAAGAAGAAGACGACGCCUUUGGUAGCCAGCUUCUACAGCUGGGUUUCCUUGGACGCUUGGGCGCCUUGUUCAAGCUGUUCAGGGAAGAGGUCAAGUCGGAGAUAGCUGCUUUGAAGGACUAG